UUGACAUCAUUUCUAUCUCUUACACAACCAUUUUCCAUGGAAUUCUUUUCCAAUCAUUUAUCCUUCUUCUUCUUCCUCUUAAUUACUCUCUUAUCUUCAUGUCAAGUUCAUGCUAGAGACAGCCAAUUCUUCAACAAAAUCCACACCACCAACAUUAACAAUGAUCAUAUUGAAAAAGAAACAAAAGUAGUAGUAACUCCAAACAAAAACCAAGAACCAAAUUUCAUUCCUAAAAAUGAAAAUGCUUAUGAUGUUUAUGGUCAUGAGUUAGGUCAAUUGCCACCUUCCACCCCCACAACUAACCUUAUUCCUAACAACAAGUACCUUCCCAAGAAUUACAACUCUGUGGCUUAUGUUACUGUCCCUCAGUACAACACUGAUGAAACCAACACCAUGAAUAGUAACAACCAGCGCUAUAAUAGUGGUCGUGGUAUUAGUUCUGAUCACGACCACUAUUAUAUAGGUGACAAUACUUAUAACAACAACAAUAAUAAUGAGUAUUAUAUUAAUGGCAACACUUACGACCACUACUACAAAAGUGACAAUAAUGACGACAACAACAACAACAAUAAUCAGUACUACAACAGUGUCAACACCUAUAACGACCAAUAUCACAAUGGUGGCAGGGCUGGCUCUAAGGUCAUGACCACUUCCACAGUCAUACCUAAAUGGUGAUGGCCGCGAAUACUACUACAUCAAAAAAGAUCAGUUGCAGGACAUGAAUGAGCCAAGAUUAAACAAAGGCUACGCGACCGCCACCUCCUACAA